AUGUCAUCCGCAGACUACCCCCCCGUCAUGGGCUCAGUAAAAGACUUUCCAGUCCGCCACCUCGGAAAAACCACCAUCCUCUCUCACGUAACCUUCCGCACCUACUCCCCCUCCUUCAUAGCCACCUUCGGCAAGCCCUUCCUCGCCUACGACCAAUUCGCCGCGACUUUGCACCACAUCCCGACCACGCCUCCAGAUCUCAGAUUCCCGCACUUCACAGCUGAAUUUCCGCGAUUCUCACGCCACAUGACGUUCCUAGGGUUUUGCAAAAACAUCGAUGCGUACUGCGUGAUACAAGGUAAAUGGGGCGUAGGACGCAAGGAUAAAGAACAUCGCUGGGUGCGUACCGUGCUAGAGAAGUUCCAGCGAUGUACGUUGUGGGAUCGAGGCGCGUUGGUCGGGCGGGAUGUCGGGCGUGGGAGACGACUCGGGGAUUUGGAGGAGGUGCAGGAGCAGUGGGCGGUGGAGAAUUUGUUGAGUGGUAUGAGCAGUGUUACGCUGGAGGGUCCGGAGACGGAGUAUGAUAAGGAGGAUAAAGAGGAUAAAGGAGAUUCUCUUCCUACCACCGAUGAAGAUGUUAGCAUGGAAUGA